AUGAGACUGGUGGGUCUUAACGGUCCUUCGAGACGAGCGCCAGAAAUCGAAUUAUACAAAACUGGGCUCGGAUGUAAAUCGUGGAUGGAUUGCACUCUUUAUAAUGAUUCAGUUUGCAAUUUAAAUACGAAACUAUGUGAUUUGCAUAGUGGCAAUGAAAUACACGAUUUUUUUCUCACUUUUCUCGCAUCAAAUGGCACCAUUGAUAUUCCUAAUUUAGAUGAGAAUUCGACAACACUUCUCAGUAAUAAUUCUCAUGGAAGUAUCGUUGAUAGCGAUAUUAAUAAUGAUGUUAAAGCUAAAGUUGGAAGAAAUUUGAAGUUUUUAGCUAAAGCUGUAAGAUUGCAACGCUGCUUAAGAGAAAAUGGAGUUGUGAACUGGAAGAAUUGGCGCAACAGUAUGCAGAUUCCAACACAGAUACCUGUACAAUGUCGCGAAAACAUAAUAUUCAUGUGCCAUUCGAAACGGGUCGAAAUACUUUUAAGACUAGAACCACCAAAAGAUCCACUACAGCCAGAAGUGAAAAUAUUUUCUAACACUACAAAUAAAAUGGAAUUAGAUUCAUGCAAAACUCAAAUCAUUUAUAUUUGUAUAUGCUUGAAAUGUAAUGAUUUUCUGUUAGAUCGUUGGUUCGAUGAAGCACUCGGUUUUUGGACGAAUGAAACCAAAGAAAGUUAUGAGCUUGCACAGAUUUUAUAUGGAAAAACUUUGUUGAUCGGCUGUGGUAUUCGUAAAUGUCCGAGGACGGAGGUGCUUGUCGUUUGCCAGUAUUGGCCCAAAGCGAUACCUGGUUCGUUAUAUCGACAAGGUUCAUCUUGCGAGACAAAGGAUUGUUGCAAUACUUAUAACCAAUCAUCCUGUAGAUCUGAGAUAGGUUUGUGCCAGAUUCCUAGCGAUUUCGCAUUCCCUGAUCCUCUUCAUGCAGUAAAACUUCAGGCUACUCAUAUAACAGCGACUCGAUUACCGACAGAUGAUUGCAUUGGCACAAAGCUUCCUAGCACUUACCCAUUCCAAUUCAAAAAGAAACAUAAGGAAUAUCGAAAAAAUGCAAGUGGCAUCAUCAGUCUUCGCAAUUUCGAACAUUAUGAAGAAGAAUUUCUUUUUCAAUUGGAUUGGAACUGUGAAUUGGAAAAAAAAGCUCAAACUGAAGCUGAAAAAUGUGCUGAGCCUCCUCGCGAUGCCAAAUAUAAAUAUCAUAGAACGAUAAUCCAUAAUUUCGAAUUUGGCGAUUUGACUAAAUUUCUCGAUCGCAAAAUUGAUAAUGCAAUCAGUCGUUGGUGGGGAAAUGUAGUGAAUAAUGAUAAUGUCGAUGUGAUUACCACAGAAAUGGGUUGUGGCAUCGCAACAUGUGUCGAUGAGAGUCUUCAAAUGGUACUUGAUAUAGUCUGCCACUAUUGGCCGAUAAGCGAUCCAAACGAACUCUAUAGUUAUGCCAUCAGUUGCGCACGAAAUAGAGAUUGUAAUUCGUUGCCUAAUUCAUUCUGUGAUACUGAUUUGGAGAUAUGCGUGGAAGCUGAGCAUAAAGCAAAAUUUUCGGUGAGCAAUUAUCGCAGGAAAUAA